GUUUGCCUUAGAACCAGUUUAUAUAUAUAUAAUACUAUGUCCAACUGCAAGCAAACGCCGAACCUGUCAAAUAAACAAGGAAAACCCAUUAAAAAAAAGGUCAAAACAAUCUACCCCAGAUACACCCACGCACCAGUAAAGUAGUCUUAAAAGCUGAAAAACAAUCAUUUUCUUCUUUUACAUUUUUUUAUUACCCUUAAAGAACGACUUUGAUAGAAAGGCACGCCCCUCACCUGAUUGCUACUUCAAUCAGUGUUUAACUUGGACGAGUAUCGCCUAACUUCUGCCCCCAACUCAUCAUAUAUGUUGUCAUCCCACAACAACUGACAUUCCAAAGGCUCCUCCUCCUUUUCCUCUAUCAUCGAUUUAACCUUGGUUGGUAUAUACAAGAAGAGGGUACUUCUUUGUGUUUUAGGGGGAAAUCAAGGCCAAAAGAGGGGGAGAAAAAAGGUUUGUUGAUAUGGGUUCUGAAGAAGACAAGAUAUUAGAGAGGAAGAUGAAGGGAUCCAAAAAGACCAUGAACAUAUUCAUGGCUUGCUUAUGGUCUUUUCUGGUGAGUUUGGGCGGAGGCCUGUUGUUGGCAUGGUGGGAAUACCAAUAUCAUCCAACAAAUAGGCAGCUUUGGAUGGUACCCUUUGGUCUUAUUCUGUUUUUUACUCCACUCAUCGUUUGGUUCGCCAUUUUCGUUUCUGAUAUCUUGAGUUUAACACCCGAUGUAUCCCAACCAGCUGCCUCUAUUCAUCAUCCGGAAAAGCUGAGCAAGCAAAAGAAAUGAUCCAGCAACAAAGUUAGAAAUCAGUAUAAUGCUCUGUUAAUUCUUAGUUAGUCUGAAAGCAAUGAUUUGCGGUGAAUCCCAUGAUGUUGUGCAAUAAGCUUUUAGUAAGGUAAGCUUAAUAGCAAAUUUGUUGUUGGAGGAUGAAAAGAAGCCCAUCUUACAACUCCAUUGGGCUGGUAUCAUAAUGUUAUGGGUAAGGUAUAUGUAGAUUUCAGAUGUGAUAUUGAUACAAAUCAAUGAUCUACCUAAUUACUAAUUAUCCUUGAAUGCACACAACCCUUGUUACUUUGAAUAAAAUUUCGUAAUUAGUACAUCUAAA